AUGGCUGAGUUUUCACUCACCUCCCUUGUCGAACGGCAGGCACACAAUAGUCGAGUUUCCACUCACCUCUCGUGCCGAACGAUAGGCACACAAUGGCUGAGUUUUCACUCACCUCCCUUGUCAAACGAUAGGCACACAAUGGUCGAGUUUUCACUCACCUCCCUUGCCGAAUGGCAGACACACAAUGGUCGAGUUUCCACUCACCCCUCGUGCCGAACGUUCAGCAGGCACACAUUGAUCGAGUUCUUCUCAAAACUUCCUACGCCUUCGGCCCUUGUUGCACUUCCUUUCCAAUCUUCCAAGAUCCCCCUUGCUACAUGA